AUGUUUCACAUGCUGCUGUUGAAAACAGCUGGACACUUGAGAUUGUUCAAAGGUGCCGCACAAUCUCCAAAUGCUGCCACGUCUUCUACUUGUGAUAUGGCUGUUCGAGGUGGCAAAUGCCAAUAUGAGUUGCCUUGUGAUGAGACCAGGUACAGUGUCAGAGUUUAUAAAGAAGAGGACAAAAAAUGGAGAAGAAGAAGAUGGGGUUACGGUCUCGUGACUGAGGAAUGCCCAACUCAUGCAGUGGGAUGCAGAAUUCGAGCAAAGAAAGAUCAUAUUGAGUGGUACGAACUAUCUCGCCUCUACGAUCGGAACCAACUCGUAUGCGUUUAUCCAGAGGAGUACAAAUCAAUGACAGGAUGUAUGAGAAAACCAUCUGGAAGUGUUCGCUGCUGGUGUGGAGGACGUGAGAAUUGCAAUGAUCCGGAGACGAGUAGAGAUCUGUAUGAAGCGUUUACUGAAGGAGACAACGAUGCGGUGGAAAAGAUUUCAGAGUGGUUGAAAUCGGAAAAAGAUGAGAGCUCUUGGAAAAAGUUCACCACUACGGAAGAGGUUCCAACUACUACCACAAGAAUAACAACGACUCCAAGGCGGACGACUGUUCGAAAAACCACAACAACCACAACGACGACGACGUUAACGACUACACAGAAACCAACUACAACAACCACCACGACCAGUCCUCGCCCAACUCCCAAGAAGUCCACAAAAAGGAUCGGAUCAUUGAAGAAUCCGACCACUUCGGUUCCUCCUCUUUUCCCAAAAGAUGCAUCCAAAGCUAGAGUGAUCAAUAUUGUUGAUAUUCGUGAUAAGGCUGUUCCUCUUCCAAAUGACGACAUUUCACUGGACGACACAUUUGAAGAGACUCGCAAAAAACUGGAGAAGGAGAUGAAAGAAGAGGACGAGCGACUGAGAGAAAUGUUAGCUGAUGAAGAAGAAGAAGAAAAUUCAAACGAUAUCUCGGAUAUCGAAGAUGAAGAUGUCACGGCGGAGGAGCAACGAGAAGAAGAAAGAGAAAGAUACCGAAUGGAGAGGUAA